AGCCAAAACGGAACAUCAUCUUUUAGAAGAGUGACUUCUCAAGCUUACACGCUGGGUGUGUCGCACUCACACAAGGCUAGAGGUUGAUUUGGAGGGCUUAAUCUGGCUCUGAUGUACAACAGCGGCAAAGGAGUAGUUGUGGAUCGCUCUUGACUGUUUUAUGUAUGGAGUUAUUGUGCUUUACAGUUCGGAUGUAUAAACCAUGAUCCCCAUCACUGAGCUGCGGUACUUUGUGGACACACAGCCAGCAUACCGCAUCCUGAAACCAUGGUGGGAUGUGUUCACCGACUACAUUUCCAUUGUUAUGCUUAUGAUUUCUGUGUUUGGGGGGACACUGCAGGUCACCCAGGACAAGAUGAUCUGCCUGCCCUGCAAGUGGGUGGUCAAUCAGACCUGCAAGAAGAACUUCAAUUCUACCCUCUCCACGUCAUUGUUCUUGGAGCCCAAAGGAAUCCAGUAUGAUCUGGACCGCCACCAGUACAACUAUGUGGAUGCUGUGUGCUAUGAGAAUAGAUUGCACUGGUUUGCCAAGUAUUUUCCUUACCUAGUAUUACUUCACACCCUUAUUUUCCUAGCUUGCAGCAACUUUUGGUUUAAGUUCCCACGGACUAGUUCCAAACUAGAGCACUUUGUAUCCAUCUUGCUGAAAUGCUUUGACUCCCCAUGGACAACUAGGGCACUGUCAGAGACGGUGGUUGAAGAGAGUGACCCAAAACCAAUGAAAAUGAACGGCUCAAUGGACCACAAGGAGUCUGUUAUCAGUGAGGAUGUUGAAGCAAGUGUUCCUAUGCUCCAAAGGACAAAGACGCGCUUUGAGCAGGGCAUUGUAGAUAGAACAGAAACAGGGGUUUUGGACAAGAAAGAGGGCGAACAGGCAAAAGCCCUGUUUGAAAAAGUGAAGAAGUUCCGUAUACAUGUUGAAGAAGGAGACAUUGUGUACAGAAUGUACAUCCGUCAGACUAUCAUCAAAGUCAUCAAGUUUAUUUUGAUUAUCUGUUAUACAGGGUAUUAUGUGCACGAUAUUAAAUUCAGUGUUGACUGUUCCGUAAAUAUAGAGAGUCUGACAGGUUAUAGCGUGUACCGUUGUGCUCACCCAUUGGCUACACUUUUUAAAAUCUUAGCCUGUUUCUACAUUAGCUUAGUGGUGGUGUAUGGUUUGAUCUGCAUGUACACUCUUUGCUGGAUGCUUCGACGCUCUCUAAAAAAGUACUCCUUUGAGUCGAUACGGGAAGAGAGCAGCUACAGUGACAUACCCGAUGUGAAGAAUGACUUUGCAUUUAUGAUGCACAUGAUAGAUCAGUAUGACCCUCUGUACUCUAAACGCUUCGCCGUGUUCCUCUCUGAAGUAAGCGAAAAUAAGCUGAGGCAGCUCAACCUCAACAAUGAGUGGACACUGGACAAGCUCAGGCAGAGGAUUACCAAGAACUCUCAUGAGAAGUUGGAGUUGCACCUUUUCAUGCUGAGUGGCAUUCCAGACACAGUAUUUGACCUGAUGGAGCUGGAGGUUCUUAAACUAGAGCUUAUCCCUGAUAUCACCAUCCCCCCGAUCAUUGCCCAGCUGAUCAACCUGCGAGAGAUGUGGCUUUACCACACACCGGCCAAAAUCGAAGCUCCUGCAUUGGCUUUUUUGCGCGAGAACUUGAAGUCUCUGCACAUCAAGUUCACCGACAUCAAAGAGAUUCCUUUAUGGAUCUACAGUUUGAAGAAUCUUAGUGAACUUCAUCUGACAGGAAAUCUCAGCGCGGAGAACAACCGUUACAUUGUCAUUGAUGGGCUCCGGGAGCUCAAGAGGCUCAAAGUUCUUCGUCUGAAGAGCAAUCUCACCAAGCUACCUCAAGUGGUGACUGAUGUGGGCAUGCACCUCCAGAAGCUUUCCAUCAAUAAUGAAGGCACCAAGCUGAUGGUGCUCAAUAGCCUGAAGAAGAUGGUGAACCUGACGGAACUGGAGCUCAUUCGCUGUGAUCUAGAACGCAUACCACACUCAAUCUUCAGCUUGCACAACUUGCAAGAGAUUGAUCUGAAGGACAACAACCUGAAGACCAUCGAGGAGAUCAUCAGCUUCCAGCACCUUCAUCGGCUGAUCUGCCUUAAGCUCUGGUACAACCAGAUUGCCUAUAUUCCCAUCCAGAUUGGCACACUGACCAACCUGGAGAAACUGUAUCUGAACAGAAACAAGAUUGAGAAGAUCCCCAGCCAGUUGUUUUAUUGCCGCAAGCUGCGCUUCCUGGACCUUAGCCAUAACAACCUAACCUAUAUCCCUACAGAUAUUGGCUUCCUCCAGAAUCUUCAGUACCUGGCAGUGACAGCCAACAGGAUUGAGAGCCUGCCUAAUGAGCUGUUCCAGUGCAAGAAGCUUCGCACUUUGAACUUGGGGAACAAUUGCCUGCAGUCUCUGCCAUCGCGGUUUGGAGAGCUGACUGGGCUGACACAGCUAGAGCUGAGAGGAAACCGUCUGGAGUGUCUGCCCGUGGAGCUGGGUGAGUGCCGACAGCUAAAGAGAACCGGUCUUGUGGUGGAGGAAGACCUCUUCAACACCCUGCCCACGGAGGUCAAGGAACAGUUAUGGAAAGCAGACAAAGAACAGGCUUAAACAGGUCUGUGGCUGUGAGUGAAAACAGAUACUGAACAACUGGGCCCUGACACAGGAGGAACGCCUAUGCUGUCCCAGGGGGCUUGCUGAAGCAGACAGUAGUCCUGCUGCAGUGUACUGCCAGUAAGAUUGGGUAUCAAGAACCAGUGCCACUUUGGCAGAACCAAAAUACUAAUAGCUUCUGGUUGUUCUCUUAAUUCUCAACUGUGCAGUUGAUUUUCCUUCCUUUACAAACAACUUAUCAGGCCUUUCCAUUAUAAUCCUGUAAUGAUGCUUUUUAGCAAUAAUGUAGCAGUGCCAUUAUGAUCAUCAUAUGCUUCUCAGUUAUGGUGGAAAAGUUGAAGUUUGCAAAACUGUUGGCCAACUUUGCUAAAGACAGAAAAAGAACAAAUUUCCACUGUUCACAAUUACUAUAACAUCAGGUUCUUGUCUAAUCAAGAUGGAGUACAUUAUUAAAAUAAUUUGUCCAGUAUUGUUAGUUUUACAAAUGAGAUAGCAAGGUGAUCUCUAUGACCUUUCCCUCUUAAUUUCUGUGUAACGAUUGUCAAACUGCAACCAUCACUUGCUCCACUUAUUUUAAGUGUUUCAAACUCCCAAUCCCAUCAUAACAUGUAAAGAAAUUAAUCAUGUCAGGCAAGAGGCUGUAACUGUCUUUUUGAUUUAUUUUAAGGAAACAUUAUGCAUGUGUUCACUCACAAUAUUUGCCAAGUCAUCUGGUUAUAUCAUUAAAUGUUAUAUUUGUAUGUGUAUAUAGGGAAUGACAAUACUAAUCACAAGCAAACUACACAGUCAAGUUAGCAAUCCUAUAUGUUUGAGUCGGAAUAGUGGCUGUUCUAUGGCUUUUAACUCCUUGCUGUCCAGCACUGACCUAACAUAAAUUGGAACUCUGGUGGUCAUUGUUUUUCUGCUGUAGAGGGACGGCCAUGGCCUUCAAAUACCUUCAUAUGUGCUUGGUUUGUAAUUGAUUGGAAAAUCACGAAAGUGACAUGAAAUCACAAAUCAGGGAUAACUAAUGAUGACUCAUGUCAAGAAAGGUUAUGGAUUCUGAGAUCCUUGUGUCUGAGAGGGUGUUGUAUAAGGUGGAAGGGAGAGGGUCACUGAGGAGACUGUUAGUAGUGCAAAUGCUGUAGAGGCAGAGGAGUUGUCUUUGGUUGGCUUGAGUCUUGCUAGUACAGUGUACAGUGUGUGUGGUAUUAGACUAGAGAGCGCUGUCCUUACAUGGAGCCAGUUUGGCAGAGUGGAGGGGUUGAUGGCCUCUUUCUGGGGAAAGAUGUUUAGUUUGUUUGACCUAGCACUUGAGGAAAAGCAAUUGGACUAGUAUUACAAAACAUCACCCCCAUACAAUUACAUUAGUGGAACAUCUUAUCAUGCAAGCAGAUACCCAACCCUUACUGCCAGUAUACUAUUGUUUCUAGUUCAUGGUCAUGCUACAUCCACAAUGUUUGUUUGCAAAUGAAUUGCACAAAACAAAAUGAACAAAUCUGGGGAAAAUGCUGAAAGGUUUUGAAUGAGAUGAGUCAUGUCUGCGUCAAAAGAAUUCAACUUAAGUUAGUACAGGAUAACAGAGUAUUGACAUUGAAAUGGAACCUCCAAAUGUUGGUAAUUUGUCUGAAACGAACAUAACGCUUACCUGAAACACUAGAUUGGUUUAUUGCCCUUUCUGUGGUGGAUUUGAAGUAGGCUCUGGUCUACUUGUAUGAUACAAAAAAAAGUUGUAUGCUGUGAUAGUUAUGUGUUAUUGUCUGCAAAUAACAAGUAAAAGAACCAGACAUGUCUUCAAAUAUGUUUUCUAAGCGCCUGGCCUUUUGUUCAUUUCAGUUUAUUAUAACAUUGUAAGAUGAUCUUUCUACCUUGAUAGGGUGGGGUGAGAUUACAGCCAUCUUUAAUCUAAAAAUAUUGAAAUUGCUAUAUUAGAUUCAUUAAGGUGAGGUGAUUUAAUUUAGUUUAUUUUAUGUAAAAAAAAAGCAACAACAACAUUGCAAGGUCCAAAAUGGCCAUUUCAUCAUAGUGAAAUAAGAAAUGUUAGCUUGUUUUUAAAAGCUCAAAGCUUUUAAGAAACAAGCAACAUUCCACUUAAGAAAGAUUUUUGAAAAGAGCCAUGGCUUUCAGGUCAGUUGCCUUAACUUUAAUUUACUCCUUCUGUGUUAUGUACCAGUCCAUUUCUGUUUUGUUUUUUUUGUGGCAUCCGUGGAGUUCAAAACAAAUGAUCGUACUCUUGACCAUGUUUUGAUGAUGCAGAUAAUUGUCUUUAAAGCUGCACUAGACUACCCAGCCCCAAAUGAUAAUGGGAGUAACAGUUUUGUUUGUUUUUAUAUUUUGCUCUAAUGUUUCAUUUCAUCACUUCCUGUGGACUUUUCACAAGUGACUAUACAUGACACCAGUAAUUAAUUUGAAAAUAUAUAGAGAUAAAUAUAUUGAAAAUAUAUGGAGUCUCAAAUGUGAUUAUGAGACAUUAUUUGGUGUUGUAGCCUCACCUUAUGACAUUGGCUGUUUAAGGUCUACCCCAGCUCAGUUUUAACUCUCCUAACCAGUGUGGCUGCGCACUGCUGACAACUACUAUAGUGUAAAAGUCAUGUCAUGAACAGUAGGCAUGAACAGUAUUAAUUAAAUUAUCCAGUAACAUUUCUACCAGUAUUAUUUGUAAAAGUGAUCUAGAACUUUAGCAGUUGGGUUUGGAUUUAAAUUUUUGAAGUGAUACAAGCUCAUUUGAGGAAUGAACAUGGGUUUUUUUUUUUAUUGUGUGUUGGAUUUUUUUGUUUGUGUGGGGGGGGUUGGUGCCAGAUACACUCACCUCUUAUGGAAACCCAUCCUUGCUAGGAAAAUUUAAAAAAAAAAAAAAAUCAAAAAGCUAGAAAUAUAUAUUUUUUAAUCUGUAUGUCCAAGUAAAGUGAUAUCUUUUAAUUUCGAUUACUAAAUUUGAUCUAUUUAUCAUUUUUUGUCUUAGUUUCCUAAUAUUAACUUAGUGUCAUAUUUUAUCACAACUUUGAUUUAAUUUCAUAAUUGUGGGAGAUGUAAUGAGAAUUUUUAUUUUUGUCAUUCUUAAUUUUUCUUCUUUUUUUUUCUGUCGUAAAUGGGCCUCCAUACUUUUCAGGUCAGUUCAUCUAAUUGUCAUUUAUCUCUCUGGUUUCAAAGUGUGCUCAUUUGUAGAGAAAUGGUUAAUACUUAUUGCCUGAGUGUGACUUUUCUGCGCUUGUGUUUGCCACAGUAAGCAGCACGAUGCUAAAAAUGUGGAAUUGAAGAUCAAUGCACAGCUCUGACACAGCACAACACACAAUAGGGGCUCUUGUGUUUACCCCGAGAAAAAAAACAUCAGUUUAUGUUUUAAUAAACCUAACUGCAAAGAAAACUUGGACAGUAGCAAUACACAGUACAGUACCUGGGUUGAAAAGCAUAAGAAUAGUUUAAGCUAUGUACAUUCAUUUCAGUAACAUGUUUAACUAUGCUAUAUUGUGCAAUAUUGCCUUUAUUUAAACUAUGUAAAGGUUAGUAGUGAUGUAGUUUUCUAAUGUGCAUGGGCAUUACUAAGGUGAUGGUGAGAAUUUCAAGUUAAGUAUAUUAGAGGAGAUUUUUGGUCCUAGAGAAUGCUUUUGCACUACAGCACCUCUCCCACAAGUAAAAAUGUAGGUAAAUGCAAAUAAUGGUAUACAACUUAAUGUGCACACACACCUGUUUUCCAGUAUGGGGAGGUUCAACUGAAUGACUGCCAGCCUUGAGAUUAAAAUGGUAUUAGAUUAGUAUUUACGUUUUGUUUUUUUAACUACUGAUAUUAAAACAUACAUUUUGGUCCUUACAUUUAAAACCCACCUAGAGCAUUUUAAAUGACAUCCAGAACACCUCAGCAAUACAUCACAGAUUAAGACAAUCAACUAUUCUAAUUAAGAGUCACAUCAGAAAUUGUUAUGUCAAAUGUAAAGGGUUGUAGUGAGCACUGCGAGUAAAUGGUCAGUACAUUAAUACAUUGUGUAGGUUGCUAGUAAAGUGGUAUCAGUAAAUAGAUUAGCUUUUUGUCUCAGUUAUUGUUAAUCUUUUUGUUCUCUGUAUUUUCCCUCCUUUUUUAUCAUUUUGACUGAUUUUAUUUUUUCAUUUUGACAGCUAUUAGUAUUAUUACAAUAUAGCUAAAUUUCUCAGGAAACCAGCUAGUACUCACUUCUUUUUUGAGUUGAUUGCCUAUUUUUUAUUACACCUGGUAUUUUUAUUAAUUUAAACAGUUGUUUUAUGCAGUUACAGUUUUAUAUGCAUUUCUAUACAUUCUUUUCUAGUUUGGUGUAUUUAAUAUUGACUGCUGGUUUUAAAACAAAAUGUUUGUUUUUAAAGAAACCACUUGGUUUAACCUUGAUUCUGCAUUUUCGUCAGUGACCAUGUAUAAAUUGAGCUGUAUUGUUUCUGAAUUUUGUCCUCAUUGUGAUUAGCACAGAUGAAGUGUGUGUGAGUGAGUGUUAUCUGUUUGUAUGUAUGUUGGCAUGAUGACAUUCUCAUCCCUUGAUGUUCAUCUUUGUUCUGCUCAAAAUCAUUAUUUUUGGGUACCAAAUCUUUUUUUUUUUUUCUUUUCCUCAACGUUUCCCAACUAAAAUCCAAUCAUAGGUGAUAUACAAAUUUGGCUUAUGCAGUGUUUGGUUGCCAAAGGUUUUUACUUAAUAAGAAAAUCAUCAGUGCAUCAGUAUUGACAUGAUGAUGUGAGGGUGAGUAUUCUGUUUGAACAUGUUUCCCAUCCUCUCCUGCACACCAUUCGCUAGUGGUAAAAUAAAAUAAACUUGGUCGAAAAAA